AUGGCUAAGUUUUAAAUUUUUGUAGCAGUUUUUGUUGUGCUUUUUGCAAGUAUCAUCUAUGAAUCGAUGAAUGAGCCUGUUUCUAAAUUAGUCAAUUACAGUGCAUAGUAAGUUGAAGUUAAAACUCCAGGAAAACUUUUGAAUUCUUAAGGUUAGCUUGUUGAAAAGGGUUUUGCCAGAAAACCACUUAAAGAAAUUAAUGAAGAAGAAAUUAUCCCCUUUUUGGGAUUGAAGUAACUUUCUUUCCUUAGAUAUAAAAAAUGGGAUUUCUUCGACAUCAUCACAGAUAAGUUUAUGCUUUUAAUUCAUAUUGCUGACUUGGGAUAUGCUGGAAAUGUCUAAGUAUCAUUGUAUUAUUUAGAAAAAAAUUACAUUAAGACCAUCUCCGAUACUGUCCAUAAUUUAUCAAAGUUACCUGCUCUUCAUAAAAAUUCUAUGAAUUAUGAAGGAAAUUACAAAUAUAAUAGUGAUGAUAUUAAGCUUUCUAUUUAAUAAACACCCAACGCUGAAAAAGGAGUUCAUUAUGUUGAAUAUGAAAUUGAAACACCAUAUUUUUCUAGCAAAGGGAAAUUAGUUAAAAGAGAAUAAGAUGAUGAAUUAGUUAUGCUUACACCAAUUAAUUAAGAUGCUUCUUACUUUUAUUACAACACCAAGAGUUAUGGUUUGCGUGCUGAAGGUGAAUUGAUUAUCAAGGAACAUAAUCAAAGUAUCAAAUUCAACAGAUCUCAUUCUCUUGCUGGUAGAGAUAUAGGCAGAGGAGUUUGGAACUAUAAUUCUUUCUGGUUCUGGGCUCAUGCUUAGGGUUUUAUUUAAGAUAAGACUGGUAAUAUGGUACCUUUUGGAAUUGAUUUGGGUAAUGGUUUUGAACAUGAAUCGGCAAAUACCUAUGAGGACUGUGUUAUUUUGAAUGGAAGACUUCAUAAGCUUCAUGUUGUUAAAAGGACACUAAAUGAAGACAAUAUAGAAUAAGCUUGGACUUUAAAAACUGAUUAGUAAAACGUUCCUGGAAGUUUGAAUGCUACAUUCGAACCUGUUCUUAGAGUUACUAAAGAUGAAAAUUUCUUAGUCAUUCAAGCUAAAUUCAAACAAUUUUAUGGAGUUUUUAAAGGCUCCUUUGUUGAUGAAAACGGAAUCACAGUUAAUUUUGAUCAAAUAUACGGUUUUGCUGAGCUUCAUAGAGCUAAAUGGUGA